AUGAGUGCGCACUAUAACAAAAUCCGAUACUCAGAAAUUAAACUGCAGGAUGUGCCAGCACGAGAGGCAUUUGUCGCGCAGGAUGGAAGGGAGAUGAGCCAUGACACACCGACCGAACCCCGCAACGCCCCCAAACGACUUAAGAAAAAACAGAGCCCAACUACGUCCACGGAUGAUUGCCAGCCUGCAAGAAAAAACGACGGCUCGAUCACUCCUGCACCAGCGCCUGUUCGACUACCGCAAGACACCUACCUAAAGCUUUUUGACCUGCAGCUGGGGGAUAGCGACUACUUCACCGUGGCAGAAGAGAAAAGCCCUGACCCAGAAAGGAAUCCGGUUGUAAUCAUCAAGACUUUCACCGGCCGUAAGGCAGAAAGUCAAGUACAAGCAAUACGCAGAAUUCAGCACAACCAGUUUGUUGAAGCCAGAGAGUUCUUUCCUAUAGAGGGGGGGUACCUAGUGUCUUUCGAAUUCAUGCCACUAGCACUAUGCGAAAUUGCGGGCAAUCCUCUUCUGGAUGAUUUGCGACUGGCGUCCGUGGUCGGCCAGAUUGUCGACGGGCUGCUAUACCUAGAACGAAAUGGCCUAGAGCAUUCGAGUCUUACAAGUUCCAACGUACUAGUAGACUUGUUUGGAAAUAUCAAGCUAUGGGGCCAAGAACAUAUUCGCACGUCGGUGGGAGCGUGCCAACAUGCAAAGGCCGUGGGAGAAAUUAUCAUGUACCUUGCCCAUGGCCAAGCCAGGGACGAUGGAAACGUGGGCCUGGAUGAUCCUCGACGAUUCCCGCUAGCGUUCGGCUUUCUGUCCGCGACGCAAACUACCUCUAAAUUAACCACUCUUUCUGAAGUAAGGCACACAGAUAGGAUUACAGGCCCCAAACAGUACUGA